GCAGGUUCCUUGACCAUCACCCAACCCCCAACGACGGUCACAUCCUUCUACAAAAUCGCAUCCAAUGAGAUGGUGACAUUCGGCUGGAACUUCACCGACGUCCUCGUCACCCCCACACAUCUCACUGUCUCUGCGCAAUGCGACAACGGCAAUACUUAUCCGGUGGGACCAGCGUCAGAUGGAAUCAUCGAUGGGACGGACACCCAGGUCGUGUGGGACGUCUACUCUUACCAGAAGAGUCACUCGGAUAACCCCCUCCCGCAAGCGACCUGCACACUUUUGAUCUGUGACGAGCGUGGCUUGGGCGCAAGUAGACAAGGCGGGUACAUGAACCCGAACAGUGAAGCUACGUUUGCCUUCUAUACCCCUCAGUCGUACACCCCCAUCAGCAGCGGAUGGAGCUGCGCUAUAUGUAGCAACGGUUUGUCGUCAUACAUAGCACAGCCGACAAUUAUUACCAUGGUCGCAACGACACUUGUCGUCUUCUUAUCUGGCUUCCAGUUGCUCAGGAAUGCCUUCCGU